UGAUACUGAUCACGUGACGGCAUUUGUCACGUGAUGCUCCCCAUACACAGAAGUAGUAAGGUCUUUUGGAAUAUUAUAGGUCGAUCUAGUGUGUUAAAAUCUGGGUUUGAACACUGAACGGGUGAAUUUGUUGCAGAAACGACGGCGGUAAGAAUUGUAUGAUAAAGCAAUCAAGCUAGUAACGCUGAAAAAUCGACAUGGUUGUUUCAGAAUUCGAAGAAUCUUCUCUGUUACUGGACGAAAAGCUGCUCCGGUUCAUGGACCAGCUGGAGUUACUGGAAGAGAAACGAGCCGCUCUCAACUCUCUCAUUGAGCAGGGAUGGUUUUCCAUGUCAAAGGCACGAUAUUCCAUAGGAAACAAACGGGUCUCUGCACUUCAGUAUGCAAGUGAGAUAGAGCCUCUUGUCUGUGUUCAUGCUAGAACACUGGACAAUGGUGAGGUGGAUUUCUGCACAGAAAGAUCCAAACAAAAGGGUAGCAAUGAGGCAGGAAAAGAAGCCACGCCAAUAGAGGAUAUUGGACCUCAAGAAGAAGGUGUCAGGAGAAGAAACAAACCAAAAAAGAAUAUCACAGAAAAAAAGGAAGGUGAAGAAGCCAGCAGUGAGAAAGCUCCUGAAGUAACUCCAUCAAGAAAAAGUGAUCAGAAUCCUCAGCAAGAUCCACUGAAAUGGUUUGGGAUUCUGGUGCCACAAACUCUAAAACAAGCACAGUCCUCAUUCAUGCAAGUAAUUGAGCUGUCAGCUGAGAUUGCAACCCUUCAGACUGCAGUUUUGAACAGCAGGCAGGAGCUGAAGCAAUGCAGGAAGGACAAACCCAUUCUCCAAGAAUCCUCAGCAACCCAGUUGGAAAAGCAUUCAGACUAAAUAACUGUUGAGUUAAACCUGGAGAUGAUCUGAGAAGAGUGUGUGGCAAAAGAGAGUGACAGGUUGGAGUCAGUCUAUUUCUUCAGGGCUAGUUGAACACAUCACGGAUCCUCUGGGUGGAUUUUGAAAAAGACCUUAGGGAUUAUUCUGUUUGACCGAAUGAGUAAAUAGUAGAUUAGAUUAAGUUUAAAUGUAUGCAUUUUUUGACAAUGUGUCUGUGAAUGCUGUAUUAGUAUUUAUGUGUUGUAGACAAGAUAACUUGUCUGAAUCUUUCAAUAAAUGGUUGGUACCAAUUUCUGAUAAGGCAUUAUCUUGUAUGAUUAUACAAGAUUAAUGGUAUACAAGACAUAAUUUGUGGAUUUAUGAAUUUCAAAUAAGCAUUUACUUAUAAUGAAUAGAUAAUUAUAUACGUUGCCAGGUUGUGAACAAAGCCUUUGACUAGUGUUGAAUGCAUUACAUUUGGUUAUAAUUAUGUUAUGCAUUUUCAAGAAUCCAUUACUUACUAAUAAAUGCUCAACUAGUUGUGAAUAAAUAUGCAGUACUGUGGUCAAGAUUGUCUGCAUCCAUAUAGUAAUAAAACCGUAAAACAUAAUGAUUUACAUAUUAAUAAUUGUAUUUAUAAAAUGUAAAUGUUUAUGUGUACUCAUUUCCACAUGUUGUUUGCACACCUCUGUGGUCUUAUUGUUUGUUUGGUUGAGAGCACUUUUGGUUUAAAAAAUGCUGUAAAAAAUGAUUGGGUGUGGGUGUUUACCACGACCUGGCAACUUAUUAACCAUUAAUAGUUCCAUUUUUAACAACGUUUUUAACUCAUUAAGGCAGCCUUUAACAAACAAGUUAUAUAUAAAUGUUAUAUUCUGUGUUUUUACUACUGAAUGAUUAAAUAAAAGAAUAUAAGUAA